UUUUUCUUUCUUUCUUUUUUUUUUUUUCCUUUCCCCUUUUCUUUUUUUUUUCGUUAUCCCCUCCCCCCCGGACAGCUCGCUCACCCUUCCUCUCGGCUCUGCAUGACUGUCACAAAGGAGCGAGUGACCCCCUGAGCUCUGCGCCAGCCCCGGGUGGCAGGAGGUGCCCCGCGAGCCCACGGAGCCCAGCAGCUCAGAGCUCUUGUCGAGUCCAUGAGGGACCUGCACAAGUCUAGCGUGCUGGGGAGCAAGCACGGCAGCCUGAUGUCAUGGCGCCCGCAGUACCGCAGCUCCAAGUUCCGCAACGUCUACGGGAAGGUGGCGAGCCGGGAGCACUGCUUCGACGGCAUCCCCAUCACCAAGAACGUGCACGACAAUCACUUCUGCGCCGUCAACGCCCGCUUCCUCGCCAUCGUCACCGAGAGCGCCGGCGGCGGCUCCUUCCUCGUCAUCCCGCUCGAGCAGACAGGCCGGAUCGAGCCAAACUAUCCCAAAGUCUGCGGCCACCAGGGCAAUGUGCUCGACAUCAAGUGGAACCCCUUCAUUGAGAACAUCAUUGCAUCAUGCUCCGAGGACACGUCGGUGCGGAUAUGGGAAAUCCCAGAGGGAGGCCUGAAGAGGAACAUGACGGAGGCAGUGCUGGAGCUCUACGGGCACAGCCGGCGCGUCGGCUUGGUUGAGUGGCACCCCACCACCAACAACAUCCUCUUCAGUGCCGGCUAUGACUACAAGGUCCUCAUCUGGAACCUGGACAUCGGGGAACCUGUCAAGAUGAUCGACUGCCACACAGAUGUCAUCCUCUGCAUGUCCUUCAACACGGACGGCAGCCUGCUGGCCACCUCCUGCAAGGACAAGAAGCUGCGAGUGGUGGAGCCGCGCUCCGGCCGGGUGCUGCAGGAAGCCAGCUGCAAGAACCACCGUGUCAACCGCGUGGUCUUCCUGGGUAGCACGAAGCGGCUGCUCACCACCGGGGUCUCGCGCUGGAACACACGGCAGAUCGCGCUCUGGGACCAGGAAGACCUCUCCAUGCCCCUCAUUGAGGAGGAGAUCGACGGGCUCUCAGGGCUGCUCUUUCCUUUCUACGAUGCAGACACGCACAUGCUGUACUUGGCCGGCAAGGGCGAUGGCAACAUUCGGUACUACGAGAUUGGCUCGGAGAAGCCCUACCUGAGCUACCUGAUGGAGUUCCGCUCCCCGGCCCCACAGAAAGGACUGGGGGUGAUGCCGAAGCAUGGUCUGGACGUGUCAGCCUGCGAGGUCUUCCGCUUCUACAAGCUGGUCACCCUGAAGGGGCUCAUCGAGCCCAUCUCCAUGAUUGUGCCAAGGAGGUCGGAGACGUACCAAGAGGACAUUUACCCCAUGACCCCGGGCACGGAGCCAGCCCUCACGCCAGACGAGUGGCUGAGCGGGGUGAACAGAGACCCCAUCCUGAUGUCGCUGAAGGAGGGCUACAAGAGAACGUCCAAAAUCGUCUUCAAGGCGCCGGUGAGAGAGAAGAAGAGCGUGGUGGUGAACGGCAUCGACCUGCUGGAGAACGUACCGCCCCGCACCGAGAACGAGCUCCUUCGGAUGUUCUUCCGGCAGCAGGACGAGAUCCGGCGGCUGAAGGACGAGCUCUCGCAGAAAGACAUUCGGAUCCGCCAGCUACAGCUGGAGCUGAAGAAUUUACGCAACAGCCCGAAGAAUAAUUAACUUCCAGGGACGUUUUAUAAAUAAACUCUCUUUGUUUAUACUCGCUCUUUAAUUUUAUUGUAUCCACUUACACAGAAUACGAGCCAGAAGUCAAGUGACCUGCCAAGAGCCCACUGCUAACUGGAAACACGUCCUCGUCGCCUCGUCUCGUGCUCAACGCGGCCGUGCUGCAGCUCCGGCACGAAGGGGAGCUGGGUGCCCCGGCAGCCCCGGAGCUGGCAGGAAGGCACCGUGGCUCCUUGCUAUUAAUUUUUUUCCUAUGCAAAAUGUGACAGCGAUGCCCGCGGCUGCUAAACUGGAAUUCUGUUGGCGCGGUGCGGGAGCUGCAAACCGUGUUUUUGUGCGUGCGCCCGCGCACCCACACGCAGCAUUUCCUUUAAAAGAAAUAAAAAUAUUGAGACCA